ACUCGCAGCCAUAAUCAGUCACUUGAGGACCAAGAGCAUUUUCAGCGUUCAUCUUUGAUAAUACUAACUGUUUCGCAGGCCAGCCCUCGUAGCCGAACAGUCAUCCCACCUGAAAUGCCAGAUGCCUUAGCAAACUCGCAGAUUCCCGCUACUAGAACUACACUUGCUUUGCCACCUCAGGUAACCGCUGAUUGUUGCCUCGACAGAUAUUUGACAUCUACCAACAUUGGCACUACUUUGAAUCAGUCAGCUGUUAUUUCACAGGCACUUCUCAUACCCGUACCUGAGCUUUCCGCAUCAUCUGUUACUACAGAGGACUCAAGCACAUUUUGUAAGCCUGGGUAG